AUGUGAACUUGGUUUGGGUGACUCCUUUCCUUAAGCCUCUUUAUAUUGAGGAGUGCCCUUCGAUGAAAAUCGACGGAUGAGAUCAGAAGAAGCACAACUUACUGCAGUGCAGGCGAUUUAUUUUUCCACGCAUACUGUCUGGAUUCUGGAAGAAGAAAACACAACCCAAUCGCAUAUCAACUUUUGUUCCAUGAAAAAUUCAGAAUACUUAUCAAUAAAUUUCGAUCGGAACGUAUUAGAUUUUUAUAGAAAGCUCGAUCGGGGAACAACUCCGUAGAUCACACAGGGCAUCCAGCGCAUUAGGGAAAUGUUGCUGUGGUGGUGGCCUUCGAGUUAAAAUAUGGAGAAGAAAAGAGUGGAUGAGAGUGUGCAAGUGCCAGCUUCAGGAAGAGUAGAUAGAUUCGGGUUUGUAAAACAGGAACAUAACUCGCCUGAUGGGCCAUCUAGAAACAAGUCGGCUUUGGAGUAUCAGAGGGAACAGAAAAGACUUAGAAAAUGGAGGAAAAUGAUUGGUGUUGGAGGUAGUGAUUGGAAGCAUUAUGUCAGAAGGAGAGGACAUGUUGUUAAAAGGCGUAUACGGAAAGGAAUUCCUGAUUGUUUGAGAGGUCUUGUUUGGCAAUUGAUUUCUGGAAGCCGGGAUCUCUUGCUCAUGAACCCUGGUGUUUAUGAGCAACUGGUGAUAUACGAGACAUCAGCUUCUGAGCUAGAUAUAAUACGGGAUAUUUCACGCACAUUUCCAUCACAUGUGUUCUACCAGCAACGACAUGGACCUGGUCAAAGAUCACUUUACAAUGUAUUAAAGGCCUACUCUGUAUAUGACAGGGAGGUUGGAUAUGUACAGGGAAUGGGGUAUUUAGCUGGUCUUCUGCUGCUUUACAUGAGUGAAGAAGAUGCAUUUUGGCUGGUGGUGGCAUUACUGAAAGGAGCAGUUCAUGCUCCAAUGGAAGGAUUAUAUUUGGAGGGGUUGCCACUGGUUCAACAAUAUUUGUUUCAGUUUGAUCGUUUGAUGAGGGAGUACAUGCCCAAGUUAGGAGAGCACUUUACAGAAGAAAUGAUAAAUCCAAGCAUGUAUGGAAGCCAGUGGUUUAUUACUGUUUUCUCCUAUUCUUUCCCUUUUCAUCUGGCUCUUCGAAUUUGGGAUGUUUUUCUUUAUGAGGGUGUUAAGAUUGUUUUCAAAGUUGGCCUAGCUCUGCUCAAAUAUUGCCAUGAUGACUUGGUGAAAUUACCUUUUGAGAAGCUUAUACAUGCUCUUCGUAACUUCCCUGAUGAUGCAAUGAAUCCUGAUACAUUGCUUCCAAUGGCCUACUCAUUUAAGGUAUCCAAGCGUUUGGAGGAACUUAAACAGGAGUAUGAGAAGAUACAUGGGAAGGUAGCAGAAUCUAAGUCGAAACAAAAACAGCUGCAGCUGGCUUGAGCAACAAAAACAGUGCAUACAUAUUAUUUUGUAAAUAUGCGAAUAUGAUCUUUCUGAGAAUCAUUAUCUACACCAGUUUUUUCUUUGUAAGUUGUAACUAAGGCAUUAGAAUCUUGAAAUGUUGAUAGUGUAGUUUGAGAAAUCAUUGGAUUUUGAGUGGUAUUUUUCAUGUUUGCAAGUGAAUCUUGCAGCUUAGAUGACA